GCUGCAGCCUCUCUUUGAAGUAUUGACGGUUAAUGUGUAAUUGCUUCUUCCUCCCGAAUGGGCACUUGACACCUCCAAAAUGACGGCUCCAGACCCGUCGUUCCCGUCGACGUUGAAGACUGCAUCUCGACAAGUUCACGUCAAACGGCCACAUCCCAUCGAUGGCGCAUGAACACAAAUGACUGCCGAAGGGACGAUUGAUGUACCAUGCGAUAUGGAACACCUAGCACGCAGCCCUAGUCGCCAACCAACCUUCAUCUUCGCUGACGAUCAAGCCUGGAGCACCGCGCGGGAAUCUGUACAAAGGAUCCGUCACAUUCUCCUCGGUCUCAUUUUCAGGCUUCGGUGCUAUUGCACUCCUUCCAGCGAAUACGAGAACGUGGACGCUCCACGCCAAACUCCACUUCACCUGCACCCUCCGACCCGUUUCCUCGGUUUCGACAGACAAGUGGCGUUCGAGGCGAUAUUUGCUUUUUCUCUUGCAUCCUUUUUGCAGUCCAGUCUUGGACUAUGUCUCAAUGCGCGAGUAUCUGCUGGCUGUUCUUGUGUGCUUGCUUUUGCCGCCUCUUACCGCGGUAAAUUGCGUGUAAGGUCCGCCAACGGCGAUUCGUCAUGUGUUGAGCGACGCGCAGCUUGCUGACGAAGAAUGGUAUAAGCGAGGUAAGCUGAGGACGACUCACUCCGUAGCUGAGCACUCGCUCGAACACUCGAAGCCCGGAA